CCUGUGACGCCUGUGACUGCAACAGAACAGAGCCCUGUCACGUCUGUAACGGCGAGAGAACAACGACCUGUGUCGGCAACAGAACAGCGACCUGUGACGGCGAUAGCACAGCGACCUGUGACGCCUGUGACUGCAACAGAACAGAGCCCUGUCACGUCUGUAACGGCGAGAGAACAACGACCUGUGUCGGCAACAGAACAGCGACCUGUGACGGCGAUAGCACAGCGACCCGUGGCGCCUCUGACUGAAACAAAACAGAGCACUGUGACGCCUGUAAAGGCGACAGAACAGCGGCCCGUGUCGGCGACAGAACAGCGACCCUUGACGGCGAGAGCACAGCGACCUGUGACGCCUGUGACUGCAACAGAACAGAGCACUGUGACGUCUGAAACGGCGACAGAAGAGCGACCUGUGACGCCUGUGACUGCAACAGAACAGAGCCCUGUGAUGCCUGUAAUGGCGACAGAACAGCGAGAUAUGUCGUCGGAAGCACAGCGACCUGUGACGCCUGUGACUGAAACAGAACAGAGCCCUGUGACGCCUGUAACGGCGACAGAACAGCGACAUGUGUCGGCGACAGAACAGCGACCUGUGACGGCGAUGGCACAGCGACCUGUGACGCCUAUGACUGCAAGAGAACAGAGCCCUGUGACGCCUGUAAUGGCGACAAAACAGCGACCUGUGACGGCGAUAGCACAGCGACCCGUGACGCCUGUGACUGAAACAGAACAGAGCUGUGUGACGCCUGUAAAGGCGACAGAACAGCGACUUGUGUCGGCGAAAGAACAGCGACCUGUGACNUGUGUGACGCCU